UCCAUGGCACCUGUGGCAUUUAAACUCCGGACAGUCCCUCAGAAUGUGCCCCGGUUGGAUACACAUCCUGCAUACCUUCUCCUGCCUGUCGUGGAUCACCCGGAAGUACUGGGGACCCGUAGCUGUGCUGAACUGCGUCGAAUACGGCAACGACCUAACCAAGUCAUUAAACUUCACCUUCAGAAACCUGGUCCCGUCUGCAAUGUUAGUGCCAGGCCACAUUCUCCUUUUGAUCGGUGAGGCAGCAGAGACCCCCCACCCCUGUAGCUUCAGAAUAACAUCCUUGUCCGUGGUGUACGCCGGAAGCUCCAAGAACGACACCACCGUUUCGUCACUGCUCCUCCCCACUUGGUCCCGCUCCUUCUCCGGGGCCUCCUCGAUCACCCACCCCUUGAACAUGGCUCCUGGGCCGAACCCUCCAUCUCCUCCCGGACCUCCUCCGCCCACCAGGGUGCUGUCAUGGGCCAUUUUCGGCACCAGGUCCCCAGAGGUACCUCCACCCACUCCCAGCCCGAUCGCUCCCCCGGCUGGUGGAUCCUCCGGCAGGACGACGUCGUCCACAGUGCAGCAGAGUGGCUCCAUCUCUGCUGCUGCUGCCGCCGCCGCCAACGCCGCCGCCUCCGCCACCGCCAACGCCUCCGCCGCUGCAUCCGCGUCCACCACUGCCGACACCUCCGCAGCCUCCUCUGCCAGCACCACUGCCACUGCCGUCGCUCCACCAUCCUGCCGCCCCUCCUGGUUCUCAUCCGCUCGGUCUCCUCCUCUCACGCCACGCGCGGGCAUUCCCGCACGUAGUGCCCCUGCGUCUGACAUCCGUGACACGUGAAUUGUGGGCAGUCUCUCAAAAUGUGCCCUGGUUGUAUGCACAUCCGGCAUACUCUGACCUGUCGGUCAUGAAUUACUCUAAAAUACUCUGUGCCCUCCAGUGUUUCAAAUUUGGUUGAAUACGGCAGUGAUCUCACCGUCUCUGUGAACCGUACCCUUAGGAACCUUGUUCCGUCUGCUAUUUCCGUGCCAGGCCACAUCCUUCUCUUUAUUGGGGAGACAGCCUUCACUCCCCACUCGUGCAGCUUCACCAAUAUCACCUCAUCAGGUACAUAUGUCGGCAGGUUCAAAAAGGAAACAACCAGCUCAUUAUUUAUCAUCACCUUCACAAACACUAAAUUGUCCUUUAUCUUCAACCCAUCCAGCAAUUUGUCCUUUCCGUCCACAUUUUCCAUCAUAAUUUCAUACUUCUUCUGUGCUUUAAUCCGACAGCCAAUUACCACCCCACACAUCUUCUUUAUUUCUUUUAGCAGUUCCAUCAUUGAUACACCUUCUUCCCCAAUAAUCUCCACAGCAACCGUCAGCCUCUUCUCAAAAGAUUGAGUCCCACCUUGAUACAAAGCCUUCGUGUCAUCGUCCAUGAUCCCUCUCGUUGUCGUUUCCACUCCACUGUCGGCGUUCUUCGUCUGUUGCUGCGUCUUGCCGUUGUCCAUAAUCCUGCUCGUCGUCGUGGUCUUUCCAUGGUCGGUAUUCUCGGGCGAUAUCUGCUCCAUGCCGUUGUCCAUAUUCUGUGCCGUUGUGCUAGCCAGUCCGCUGUCAGUUUCCAUGAGAUCCGUCCUACUCCUCUCUACUCGCUCUCUCCUCUCCAUUACGUCACUCAUUCAGCACACAAACAAACAAAAAAGACGUUCCCCCGAACAGCAAGCUGCUGGGGAAUAAACCUAACACAAAAAGUAAAACACACUCACUCACUUUCAAUCAAACACAAACAAAAAAAGUCCACCAGCUCUCUCCACCUGCUCUCUCUCUGCUCAUCCACUUCCUGGUUGCACACCUGAACGGGAUCAGACGAGAUCGGGCGUGCCUAAGGUGGUAUGGCCGUAA